GUUACACAAAAUCCUGAUCGCGAUUCUGGAAGACCAAAUUCCCAUUUCAAAUCAUGGCAGAAGAAGGUGCGGAGAUCCGCGAGUGCCUAAGCAGUUGGCUGGCCUACCUCCAGACGCUGAACGGACUCUGCACCGCCGGUACGAAGCUCGCGCAUUCCCUGCAGGACCUUCUGUCGACCCACGACGGCCACGACGCCUUGGCAGCAAGGUGCAAAUUGACCGGACAAUGUCUGGCCGGGUGGGAAGAGCUUACCCGGGCUACCAACGUCGCCAGCAACACCGUGAAGAACCAUGUCAGCCACGUGAUGGCGGCCCUUGGAGAGGCUCAAGGUGGAACCGUUGACUCCCAAGAUAUCCUCUGCGACAAUUUACUGACCUUCAUCAACCUCCAGUAUCAAUUCUGCCUCGCCUGCUGCGAGUGCUUAGGUGGAAUGGCAGAGUGUUCCUGUGCUCGAACCGGAAGGUCGGAGUGCGAGGUGGCAGCUUUGCAGCGGUGUUUUGAGAGGCUGUAUAGUCCAUCGGGUGGCUCUUCGUCCGGAGGUCAUCAGCAGGGGCAGCGAUCGCGUCUGCCUUAUCCGCUCUUUCCUCUGCAGGUCCAGAGGCGAUGGUCGGAAACCGCUGCUGCCGAAAUGUCCGGAUCUACGGUCGAGAACGCGACCAGACGAUGGUCCAUGCCUUGGGAUUGUCGCCACGUGUCCGACUUCCUUGAGACGCCAACUGCCCACCACCAGACCAACGCCAGGACCAAACUGAAGGUGCCUUCCAGUCAGGAACGAAGUCGCGCCGUGACACCCGACUCGUCCUGGAAAUCAUCGACCAUGGCUAGUCAGGAUGGACUCCGGGAGGCCAUUCAACUACUAUCCUGCAAACCGGGUAUCCGACCAUCGACCCAGCUCUAUCAUCCGAAUCAGCAUAUUCCGGAUGUCACUCUGACGACGUGUAGCUUCGAUAGAAACAGCGACUGUUCCAGCACCGCUUGGCUCGAUAAUCGAUCGAGUUUAAGGUACUGGCCACGAGACGCUGGAGACCACUCGGAUCAUUCCGUUUCAGAACAGAGUGGAACCAGCGGCAGUGGUCAUAGAGACAGCAAGGAUAGCAUCCACUCGCAGAGUGACCAUAGUGGGAUCGGCCAGAGAGAAUCAGAUGCAGGGACGAGCGAGGUGCUGGUCUCGAGGAAAAGCAGCUCGUCAACGGACUCGUGCCGAUCUGGUUCGGAGUGUGGCGUCGUCGGGGGGGAAUCCUCACGGUCUCAGCUAUACUCAAUGUGGAGUGGAGGCGACCUGCCCUUCAUCAAGCUCCCUGAGAACAGCGAACGAACCGAUAAAGAUCCUCCGACAUAAACGAGAUAUAUUAUGUACAACAUAUCGUUUAAACAAUCCGUUUUUAAUUAUGACCAAGUCGUCCUUCGCCGGUUGAAGGAAUCCUGUACACAGUAGAGAUUUUAACUAUAGCCUAACGCGGUAGUUGCCUGUUUCAAAAACGGGAAGAUCGAUCCCCUCGCUGUUCUUGUUUAUACAACUACAUAGAAGUUAAAAUUUUUACUACCCGUAACUAUAAACUUGCUUCCUUGGAAGUGGAAACCAUUCGUCGAGGCAGAUAAUGUUUGUCGAAAUAAUUAACGCUGGUGUGAAUUAUAUAUAGGAUUUGUUGUGAACUCUAGUUUCGAAAAUCCUUCCGUUUACUGUUCGUCACUUGUGAACUACUAACACAUUUUCGUAACAACGAGUCGCUUCUACACGCCAAAAUCAUAAAUUAUUUUAUAUCACGCUCUAGAACCAAUAUGCCAGCAAUUCUGACAACCUCUGCAUAUUGAUUUAGAAUCAUGAAAAUCCUCGUUUAGAUGUUUUAUAUUGUGUAGUCGAACAGGUUUCAUACGUCCGUUUGAAUCCAAGAUGUGUCCUAUGUGUACGUUUUUCAAUAUAUUUGAUAGACGUUGAUUAACGAAAUGAUAAUAUACUUAUUGAGGCUUCGAAUAGGUGUAACCUAUUUUUUUUUAAUCUUUUUUUCCGACAGAAAAAUGAGGCCGUGAAUCAUUUUUUGAACCAAUUUUUCACCUUGUAUCCGUGAAUUAUAAACUAUUGUACAAAGUAUAACAUACCUCUAUGAGAAAAAAAAAGUUCAAUUAACCUUAAACGGUAAUUGUGUCGGUUGAUUUAUCCCUAUCUUUUGUAUAGUAGAAUAUUAGAAUAUAGUAGAAUCUGCUUAUACGUAAUUUUAUUCAUAUGGCACAAUACAACGAUAUAGGUAUUCGAUAAAAUUAUUCUAGACAUUCUAUAAAUUCUUAAAAAUAACGUAGGUAAAUUAUCAUCAGUUUCCUCCUGAAACUGCUUUAAAAAAGCAUUAAAAAAAAAAAAAAAAAAAAACAAUAUACAAGAACUACACCGUAAUAUAAAUCUACCCGUUAGGCUGAAACGAGAUUCGAAAUUCCAAGCCAUUUAACAGUAAUAUCGAAAGAUUGGAAUCGACAAAUUCGUUCCCACCUACUCGGGGCUGACAUCUAUUUUGUAUUAAAAAAAUUCUCGUAUCCGUGUCACUUUGCACGUGUAUAAUUUUAGAACAAAUUUACUCAACGUUUCGCACACGUAUAUGUAUAUAACGACCAGCGCAUCUUAUCGAACUUUCUCGCUCGCAGGCUCGAAUCC